CAGGCCUCUACUAGAUGUGAAAAAAUCCAAGCGCCAACUCAAACGUGACCGUCUUCAGGAACGUAAAUCUGCACUAAGCCUGUGCCCCGUAGUGGCAAAAGCAGGGAAAGUCAGUGCAUGUGCUUACAAUGAUAGGUGCCGCUUUAGCCAUGAUUUGGAAGCUUUCAUUGCUCAGAAACCAGCUGAUGUAGAGGGAACUUGCCCUUUCCUAGAUACUGAAGGGCCGUGUCCAUACGGGUUGGCAUGUAGAUUUGGAGGUACACACAGAGAUGCUCUGACCGAAGAAAUUUCAAAAACUCAUAGGAAGAAUUCUGAAUCAAAUGUAUUGAACAAGGAAACUCAAAAACUUUUGUGGAAAAACAAAGUGAAGUUUACCAAAGCUGAUGCUACUCUCAAACGUCUUGGACUCACGGGAAAUAUAAAAAACAAUAAGUUUGCCAAUAGAGAGGAAGAUAUUGAAACAACAAAGAAUGGCUCUUCCACCUCCCAUGAUGAAGAAGUUGUUGCUGAUGCUACCAACGGAUUGGAGAGAUCUCUUUUGGUAACUGGAGAAGAAGAUAUGAAUGAAGCUGAUGCAAUUGAAGAUGCUCCACCUCCAAAGAAGGCUAAAACUUCAACUGAUGAAACACCUAUUUGUAUGGAUGCUAACAAUGGUUCAAAUGUUCAUGAGAAGGAUCUUGAUGUGAGCCAUGAAGAAUAUCCAUCUGAAUCAACUAUAGAUCUUAAUGCAGAGACUGAUAAAAGCCUUAAAGUUCAAGCACGUGAGAAGAAACUAAUCGACUUCAGUGAGAAACUGUAUCUUGCCCCUCUGACUACGGUUGGAAAUCUACCAUUCCGUAGGGUAUGUAAGGUGCUCGGAGCUGAUAUAACUUGUGGUGAAAUGGCAAUGUGCACAAAUCUUUUACAGGGCCAAGCAUCAGAAUGGGCACUACUAAGGCGUCACUCAUCUGAAGACAUUUUUGGUGUUCAAAUAUGUGGGCCAUAUCCAGACACAGUUGCAAGAACGGUUGAUCUUAUUGAACAGCAGUGUUCAGUGGACUUUAUUGAUAUUAACAUGGGAUGCCCCAUCGAUAUUGUGGUUAACAAGGGUGCUGGAUCAGCUCUGCUCACAAAACCAAUGCGAAUGAAAAGUGUAAUACAGGCAGCUUCUGGAACUGUUGAUAUACCAAUAACCGUCAAGGUACGGACAGGUUAUUUUGAGGGUAAGAACCGCAUUGAUUCCCUAAUUGCAGAUAUUGGAAACUGGGGAGCUACUGCUGUUACUAUACAUGGUCGAUCACGCCAACAACGUUAUAGCAAGCUUGCCGAUUGGGGAUACAUCUACCAGUGUGCAAAAAGUGCCCCGAAAUCAUUGCAAGUAUUUGGAAACGGUGAUGUGUUUUCAUAUGUAGACUGGAAUAAACACAAAAGUGAUUGCCCUGAGCUUUCUACAUGUAUGAUUGCCCGAGGUGCACUGAUAAAGCCUUGGAUAUUCACAGAAAUCAAGGAACAGAGGCACUGGGAUAUUAGUUCUGGGGAACGACUGGAUAUCUUCAAGGAUUAUGUGCGUUUUGGCCUUCAACACUGGGGUUCUGACUCAAAAGGAGUGGAGACAACCAGGCACUUCUUGUUGGAGUGGCUUAGUUACACAUGUCGGUAUAUCCCAGUUGGUCUUUUAGAUGUCGUCCCUCAAAGAUUAAACUGGCGAGCACCUGCAUAUUACGGUCGGGAUGACCUUGAGACACUCAUGGCUUCUGAUUCUGCUGCUGAUUGGAUAAGGAUCUCUGAAAUGUUGCUAGGCAAGGUUCCUGAUGGGUUUUCAUUUGCACCAAAACACAAAUCUAAUUCUUAUGACCGAGCUGAAAAUGGCUGAUAUAUUUCCAUCGUCGUCACUUUCUGCCUUUCUCGAGCUUUGGGACUACCUGCUUUAAGAGGACCAUUUCUUUGCUUGUAUUUUAUAAUAUUAUUUUACUAGUUUUGAUUUAUCCGAGACUUGUUGGUAGAAUUUUCCGGAAGAGCUCAUAAUUUUUGGGAAAAAAGGUUUUGUACUCCGAGACCUGUUGCCUGUUGGUGGAUUGUCGGGAUGAAAGUAAACAUGUAUACAGACUUGGUGAAA